AUGCCUGCAUACCAUUCAAUCUUCCUCGACGAGGCCGAGCUCCCAGUUAUCGGAAACUUCCCCCUCCUCCCUCUGCGCACUCGCACUCGUGGCCCCGCAUACGUCCUCCCCGCGCUUCCUCCCUCAGAGUCCGACCUCGACAUUGACCCCAAUAGCGAAUCGUAUGACUGCAUCGACGAGAUUCUCUCACUCUUCCGCGCAAAUGUGCUCUUUAGAAACUUUGAGAUCAAGGGUCCCGCGGACCGCAUGUUGAUUUACGGUAUAUUGUUUCUUAGCGAGUGUCUUGGGAAAGUGAAGCCUACUAUGACAGCGAGAGAUGCUGAGAAGGCAUUGAUCAAUGUUGCGCUGGAACAAUUCGCAAUUCCGGGCGAUGCCUCGUUUCCGCUGAACCAAGCCUUUGAGCGUCCACGCGACCGACAAGACGCCGAGCAACUCCGACAAUACCUCUCCCAAGUCCGACAAGAGCUAGCUAUUCGUUUACUUAUUAGAUUAUACCCCGGUGGUGAAGGUCCUUCCAAGUUCUGGCUUAGUUUUGCAAAGAGAAAGUUCAUGGGGAAAAGUCUAUAG